AUUUUGUGGCCGCUUGAUGGCCCCUUACUCAGAAAAAUCCUAGAUCCACCACUGGUUGCAUCAUGUCCAAGUUUGGUCCAACAUUCAGCUGUUGGACAGAUUUGACUCUAAUUCUUUGGUCUACAGAGGAGUUCAUGGUCGACACUGGGACUGCAAGGUGCCCAGGUCCGUGCGACUGCAAGGACCUGACCUGCUUCCUGUUGGACUCUGCGGUGGACUGGUUUUACGAGCUGGAACCGCCACAGGAACCUUCCCUCUCAGCUAGGGUUUGACCUCAGCAAACACUGGCUAACCAGAGUCAGCGUCUGCCUUUAAAUCUCUCUGCAUGUGAAGAAUGCACAGAGAGCUCCAAGUCAAACGGGAACCUUCCUCCUGCCUGAUAUAUAGUCACGCAGCUGUUUGGGUUUCCUCUCUUCUUUUUUUUCUCUCUCUCUCUCUCUGCACAGCCUCCAAAAUGUUGCAAACGCCCGCUUCCAAUGGUGGUUUUCUCCCCUCACCAAAAAAAUCUUGUUUUCCCCGUCUCUCACAUGUCCAGAUCUUGGUGAUUCUCCUUCUCUCAGCUCGUUCUGCUCCACCCAGCUGCAGAUAAAAGCCAAAGUUUCACCAGAGCUGCUGUAAAGCGUCUGUCCUGAACUCUCCCUCUGCAGCAGCAGCAGCAGCAGCAGCAGUCAAAGGGCCCAAGAGGACUGCACGUAGUUUGGCUGGGUCCAAUGCCAAAGGAUCCUGAAAAUUGCCUUCAAGAGGAAGAGAAAACAGACGGCGUUGGUGAAGUUCACAAGGACUGAUGUUCCUUAACUUGUUCUGCAAGAAAAUGGUGGCUGUACCCUUCCACGGUUUCGAUCAUCUCGUCUUUCUGUUCCAUUUGUAUUUGUUGCACAUGGUUAAGGGUGGGGCAUAUUAUGGACAAAAACAGCCUCCACAACAGCACCAGCCCAUACUUCAGCAGAAUGAAGGCUUUCAACAACAACCGUUUCUGGGAAAUGAGAUGCCGUUGCUGCCUCAGUAUGGAAAUGAGUUUCCUCAGCUGCCGUUGCAAAUGGGAAAACAAAGACUACUGACAAAGGGCAAAGGACAAACGUUUCCAAGAGGAGCCAAGGGUCCACCUGUACCUAUUCCAGACGGACAAGGUUUCCCAGAAGGACCACAAGGAAUUCAGGGGCCCCCUGGCCCAAUUGGGCCACUAGGUCCACAGGGCCCUCCUGGACCAUCAGGACAGGGAUUACCAGGUUUACCAGGAAAGCCAGGGCCGCCUGGUCCUCAAGGCUACAGAGGAGUUGGAAAACCUGGUAUGCCAGGCUUGCCUGGAAAACCUGGAGGCCCUGGACUACCAGGACCAAAAGGUGACCUUGGUCCAAUAGGGGGAAAUGGACCAACUGGACUUCCAGGGCCUCCAGGACUCCCAGGUCCCACUGGACUCCCUGGGACUUCAAAAGCAGGAGGUCAGGGUCUACCAGGGCUGCCUGGUCUUUCAGGUGAACCUGGUCAAAACGGCCCAACUGGAUUCCCUGGUCCUCCUGGCCAAAAGGGAGACAAAGGACUUGGUAUACCUGGUUUUCCCGGUUUGAAAGGACCUAGCGGACCACCUGGUCCACCUGGACAAGCAGGCCUCCCUGGCAAUGGUAAACCUGGCCCUAACGGUCUACCUGGACAGCCAGGGCUACCAGGGAAGCCAGGUCUUCCAGGAGAACCUGGGCUUGCAGGACAACCUGGUGAAAGAGGCCAAACAGGACUUCCAGGAAUUCCGGGAAUUGGGAAACCUGGAAACGAUGGUUUUAGAGGUCAACCAGGCCUCCCAGGGGGAAAAGGUGAAACAGGACCUCCUGGUUUAACUGGGCCUCCAGGGUUGCCUGGCUAUGGUAAACCAGGAUUUCCAGGAUCUAAGGGCCACAAAGGACAUGCUGGACUUCCAGGUCCAUCAGGCACAAAAGGAGAAAAAGGUCAAGUAGGACUUCCAGGUGUAAUUGGUCCAACUGGACUCAAUGGAAUGUCUGGUGCACCAGGCCUAAUGGGGCUUCCCGGUGAUAUUGGCUUCCCAGGACUAAAGGGAGAGGAUGGUGCUGGAGGCCCAAGAGGAAUGCCUGGAACUAAGGGUGAAAGAGGACCUUCAGGUCUUCCAGGACAGCCUGGUGGUUUAGGAGAGAGUGGACAUCCUGGGCCAAGAGGUUUACAAGGGCCCACUGGUCCUAAAGGGGAAACUGGCAUUAGAGGUUUACCUGGUGCCCCUGGUGCUUCAGGAUUACCAGGAGCAAAAGGAGAGGGAGGAGAACCUGGAGACCAAGGUCACUCAGGACCACAGGGUAUUCCAGGAAUUACAGGACCAGGGGGAUCAAUUGGACCUCCUGGUCUUCCAGGACAAAAAGGCGAACCAGGUCUGACAGGUAACCCUGGUUAUCCUGGUAAUGGUAAUCCUGGACCACCUGGCCAAAGUGGUCCUCAAGGAAGCCCUGGUCCCAGCGGUCCACCUGGACUUCCAGGGCGACCUGGACUACCAGGUCCCCCAGGUCCCCCAGGACUAUCGUCUGCGUAUCCAGACCUUGGCCAGAUUCUCCCUCACAGUGGCCCCCACAAUGGUCAAAGCAACGAAAAACUAAAGAAUGGAGUCGAAAUCAGCGGAACCACCCUGAAGAUGCCUGCUUUCACUGCAAAGCUCACCAAUCCAUUCCCUCUUGUUGGUUCUCCCAUCAUCUUUGAUAAACUUCUGCACAAUGGCAAUCAGGACUACAAUCCUCAAAAUGGUAUUUUCACUUGUAGCAUACCAGGAAUCUACUACUUUGCUUACCAUGUUCACUGCAAAGGAAGUAAUGUUUGGGUGGCACUGACGAAGAACAACGAGCCAGUAAUGUACACUUAUGACGAGUACAAAAAGGGUUUGCUGGAUCAGGCUUCAGGGAGUGCUGUACUUCCCUUACGAAAAGGGGACACUGUUUACUUACAGUUACCAUCAGAUCAGGCAGCAGGACUUUAUGCCGGUCAGUACGUCCACUCCACUUUUUCCGGAUACUUACUGUACUCGAUGUGAACAAGUUUGGAUAGCAAGUCUUGACGCACUGAUGGAAAAUUCAGUGUAACAAUGGUAAACUUGCUUCACACUCAAGGUGUGAAUUUUAAAAGGACAUACUAAUAAAAAAUGUGCAUUUUGUGCUUUUGAUCCGUUUAAGCAUUUGAGUCUGCAUACAGAUGUAAGAGACAGUUUGGAGAAUCAGCGAGAAGUUUGCUAAAGUAACAGCUGGACAUCUGUGAAUAUCUGGGCCAUCUAAAACUACUCAAACUUUAAAAAUGUCAAAGCCAUUAAAGCAUUAUCCUUUUUAGGAGAGAGUGGAAAUCCUGGACCAAGAGGCCCACUGGCCCUAAAGGGGAAAUUAGUAGACUAUUAACCCUAAACCCUUCUUUGAGCACUUUUUAAUUGAAUUUUUAUUUUUACUGUUAUUUAUGUUGGUUUCCUCCCACAGACCAAAAUCAUGCACAUAUUAAGGCUCUUUCACAAUACAGUAAACAACAGCAACCACCAGUCCAUCUUCAUCCUGCCUUUGGCCGUUGGUGGAUCACAGUGGGACCCGGCCACAUCCAGCAGAGAAGUAAGCUUUCAAAGUGGAUUAAGAAUUGCAGAACCAAAAGAGCAAUGGAGCAGAGCUCAGCUGGGUUGAUUUAGAGUGCAACACAUUAACCGUGUGAUGCACAUGUCCAUCGUGUUGUUUUCAUAAUAUGAUGAAUUCACUCAAUUUAGCAAUUCUCUUAGUGGGUAACACUUAAACUAGGGAUGCAUAGAUUUGAAAAUUUCAGCCGAUAUCGAUAUUUGAUAUAAUUAUUGCUGUUAUGGCUGAUAAACGACAUUUACUGAUAUUAC